CUUAUCUGGCAACCCUGUGAGAGACGGCACAGAGCCUGCAGUGAACCUGUCACUCCUGUUAGUGACCGGGGCGUUGCAUUUUAUGCAGGUCCCGUCGCGUUGUCCACACAGAGAUGGCCGAAUAUAGCCACACGGGUAUAUUAACGGCUCUGUUGUUGUUUACGGCCGUGACGGUGCGAGAUAUUUACCUGGGCCGCACUGCGACAGAGCAAUUGGAGCAGCAGGCCGCGAAGAGCAGCAUGGCCUCCAACGGCUUCCCGGAGGCUGAGAGCAGCACACAGAGGCAGAACAAGCCGAAAUUCUACACAGGACCAGUGCUGAAGUUCCAGUACUGUAUUUCCUGAGGGUACAGUAAGGUGUUCCAGGAGUACUCCCGGUCUAUCAACCAGCUGUACCCGGACAUCAGAAUCGAGGGGGGAAAUUAUCCUCCCAAACUCAUCAACAAAUACAUUGCAAAUUUCAUCUCCUACUUUAAACUGCUCGCCAUUGCCCUGAUUGUCACUGGACAAAAUCCUUUCCAAAUGUUUGGAACGAACACACCAAGAAUUUGGUCAUGGGGUCAAGAAAAUAAGAUAUUCUCAUGUCUCAUGGUGUUCUUCCUCAGUAACAUGCUAGAGACCCAGUUCCUGUCCACAGGAGCCUUUGAGAUAACGUUAAACGAUGUUCCCAUUUGGUCGAAGCUACAGUCAGGGUAUGUUCCGAACAUCCAGGAGCUCUUUCACAUUCUGGACAACCACCUCAAGAUGAAUCAGGUCGACAACCUCAAAUUCGCCUCGCCGUAGCGCUGCUGUUCUAGCUGAGAGAGAGAGGUUUCUGGAGCUGUUUUUCUGGACAGAGGGACUGUGGACUGUGGUUUAAUGAAGGCCUACAUUGCAAACAGCUUGCUGUGGGUGUAGACUGGAUGUCCCUGCCACCACACACACUUCCUCUGACCAGCGACACACUCCUCCAGACUCCAGACUCCAUCUCGACCGGGCAGAGUGCUAUAUGCAUCCAUCGUGUGAAAAUCCUUCAUGAGCCGGACACACUAAACUUGAUUUUUCAAAUGCUGAAACUAGAGAUACAUGAGCAAAUAUGACCAAAUAUGUGGCAGUUAAGAAAGUGUCAUAAUUUCUCACCUUUGUCUGCAAAUGUUUGAAUGAUCAUGUUUUUUUGUGUGCGUGUGUGGCGCUGCUGUAAAACUGUAUGUAUACACUUAUGUAUACAGGAUCUUUCUCAUAUAAACAUUUCACUUGCACUAAGAAAAACUUUUUUUGGGGGUAAGGGAAAUAUUACUGCUAAUGUGCAAUUCAUUUUUUCCACUUUAACAUGCAAAUUUAACAAGAAUAUGUCAUUAGAUGGGAAACAUGGUAUCUAUUGGGAUCUGCAGGUUCAUCCUUCUUUCUCUUAAUUCUUCAGGCUUUUUGUAGCAAUGUUUAGCUGCCUGUUUCUAAAGGUUGUUUGGAGUAACCACUGUCUUAAUAAGAACACAGUACAUUACACGUCAGAUAGAAAUGGUACUCUUUAUUAAUUUCCAAAUGCGCUCUCUAUAUUUUUCCAUUCUCUCUUAAUAGGUGAAGUCCUGAAACUUCUCUUUUAACCAACCUUGUUCAUGAAAUUGUAAUGUGGGUGAAAGUACAGAAAUUUUACCAUUGUUUCAAAAGAAUAAAGAGUACAAAAACA